UCUCUGCGUCAGUGCGUUUUAUUGACUCACCUGAACAAGAAGACUCGAAACAAGACAGCUGUUGUAAUAGGGCCAGCCAUCAUAUCUCUGAGUGAAACGGAAGCAAACUUGUCUGUAAUGGAUCAUCCAGAAGCUUUAGCUCUGGAGCUCACUUGCCCCAUCUGCUUGGUGCUCUUCUCUGAGCCAGUUUCUCUUCCCUGUGGUCACAUUUACUGCUUUGCCUGCCUUCAGACCAUGGGAGAAGGCCUUGACCAACACAGCUGCCCUGAGUGCCAGACAGAGUACCAGGGCACCAAAUCCCUUGUGAAAAGCUUUAAAAUGUGCAGCAUAGUAGAGAGCUACAAAGCCACUGCUGGAAAAGCAAACCCUGAUGUCAGCCAUGUGAUAAUCGAGAGUGAUGAUAGCUCUGUAACAGAAGAAUUAAACAAAAAACUACAACAGGACAUAGCUUCAGCUGGAGUGAGCCAGGAGGAGAGCUCAGGGUGUAAGGGCUUUGAAAUUGGGUCUGGAUCCAUGGAGCAGGAUCAAGAACAAGGCAGUGGUGGCAGCAGGAUAAAAAUGGACAAACCUAAAUUCAAAAUUGCAUCUCAAGUGACAGAGUUGAACCUCAAGUUGGAGAUGGCAGAAAGUGUGCUGAGGCAGGAGAAGGAACAGGAGUUAGAGGUGAGCACUGCUAAUAAUCAGCUGAGAGAGAAAGCGUCCAGACUUUUAGAGCAGAUAAGAGAUUUGUCACAGAGCUACAGCGCACAGGUGAUGCAGCUGAUUGAAGAAGAGCUAGGUCCAGGUGAGGCCAGUAUCAGCAGUCGAGUCAGCCAAGUGUCCGAGCUGACGAAGCAGCUGAGACAAGCUAUGCUCAGAGCAGAGUCCCUUCUGACUGAAGAUGAUGAGGCUGCAUUUAGUGACGAGCUUCAGACUCUGCAGCCGCACAUUGCAGAGUUAAUGGCCAAGCCGGUGGGAGAAGAGGACGACCACGUUGAGUCAAAAGUUUACCCUGCAAGAGCCUGUCCCAAGCUGGAGGACAUGAACACUGAGCUGAGGGAGAGAUUGGGAGAAAUUCAGCGCAGCCUUCGAAACACCCUCAACCCUUCAGAGGUGACCUUUGACCCAGAAACAGCCCACCCCAACCUCGUCCUCUCGGAGGAUUUGAAGACAGUGACUUUUAGCGCUACCAAGCAGCCCUACCCAUCCUCUGCUCAGAGGUUCACCAACUUCUUCCAGGUCCUCAGCACCCAGAGCUUUUCCGAGGGAGAUCACUGCUGGGAGGUGGAGCUGGAAGGUUCUCCGUGGAUCAUCGGAGUGUGCUACAGUGGCAAGCUGGCACGCAGCGGGUUGCCCUCCGCUCUGGAAAGCAGCCGGAGCUCCUGGUGUCUGAUGUGGUUCGACAACCGGCUGACAGCCUUCGAGCAGGGUCACAAUGUGCCGCUGCAGAAGACCACAGUGUCACGCAGGCUUGAGAUCAGACUGAGUUUCAAGACCCACAGGUUGAGCUUCUACAACAUCAGCCCCGUCAGCGGGAAGACUCAUGUGUACACAUUUAAGGCUAACCUGACUGAACCAGUGCAUCUGGCUUACAGGAUGAUGUCAGGGCACCCCAAAGCACGUGUCAUUGUUUAUUCAUAAUCAUAACUAGAUUUCUAUCAAAUAUUUAUGCUAAGCAAAUAUGCUGCAUAGUAGAAAAAGGAUAAUAAUAUUUUUAAGGCUUGAAUUGUAUUAUUAAAGAAUUUAAAGUCUUUAAUUGGGACUUUAAAAAAUUGAGAGACUCUUAAUUCCUCAUUUCUGUGUGUGAUAAUAAGUCUACAUAGGAAUAAAAUGAAUAAAUGUGAAUGAAUAGUAAUUGUGUGCCUGAAACCUAAUGCUAAAAAGAUUUAUCAAUAAAUGUUAUUAUUUUUGUUG